AUGAAUUUCAGCUCCGCAGUAGUUGCUUUACCCGAAGAAGGAAAGAAAAGGCAGACGAAACUGAUCCGAUUGAGAAAUGGGCACUACAGAAGAAUCGUUGAAAUCUCGAAUAUUGACGAAAAGAAAGUAAUUCACGAUAUAUUUCGUUGUGCUUGUGUCACCCCCCAAAAGGAUGAAGCUGAGGACGAAGGAAAAUGGGAAGACGUCAAAAAUCCGGAGAGCUCAAAGGAGUAUGACGAAAAGAGCGAUUACAUGGAGUCCGAAAAGAAAGAAUCAUACACCGUUGCAAUAAACGAAGAGGAUAAAACAGAGGACCUGUAUUCUAAAACGAUCUCCUUCACAUCUAUUACUCCUACGAGCAUAAAGAGUGAGGAACAAGAAUCCCGAAUGAAACUGUCCCUGCUGGAUGUGAAGGAAGAAGAGAAAGAGGAAGAGGAGGAAAAGGCGGAAGAAGAAGAGGAAGACGAAAUAGAAUCUAUUGUUGAAGAAAAAGAGGAACAAAAAGAGGAGGAAAAAGUGGAGGAAAAAGUGGAGGAAAAAGUGGAGGAAAAAGAAGAAGUUCCACCUGAAGAAAAGAAACUAAUAGAACCAUCCAAAACGCUGAUGAAGGGAACGAAGACAAACAUCUAUUUCUUGUCGAAUAAAGAAAUGGUACCAACUUUAAUGUGUUACAAUUACAAUUGCAAUGCUGUGGUCUUCGAAAAAGACACCUUUCUAAGAUACCUUUACAUGAAAUCCAUCAGCAAUAUCAUACUGAAUGAGCGCAUGAUUGAACAGCUGUGCAAGCAGGAAGAUCUAAAAUAUGUUCUAACCAGUAAUGCUAUAGUUUUAGAAUCUACAGAUUUUCUCAAGCCACUCAUUAUAGAGUUUGAGUCAUCCAUUUCGAAGAAAGUAUUCGUUAAGCAUCUCAAGUACAAUGCAAAGAAAGAAAUAGACAUGAAAAAGUACCACGACUACAUGGGCGAACUUAACUCCAACGAAAAAGUACGUCUAAUGAAGAUUGAAAGGUUCCACUCCUUAAAUAAGAUGAUUCAGAGUAAUUGA